AAUUCGGAUAUCGAAAUAGACUACUCGACUGACUUAACGCGAUAGGAAGGCGAAAACGAACGAUGUUGUAAAACAUGGGAUUAUAUGCUACUUCAGGAAGUGAAGAUAGGUAAAACUCUAUGGAUCUCGUCUAAUGUUACAAGUUGAGAUAUAUGUGAUUUUGAGAGAACAUGGCAUAUCCAGCAAAACCAAACCGUGGUCGUGGGCGAGGCAGAGGAAGAGGAACUGCAAGAGAAACCAACAAUGUUGAUAUAUUCGGUCAGCAAAAAGCUACCAGACAAUCACAGGCUACCAAUGCAUGGGGAAAUUCAGCAUCUGCAAAUGGAAACAGGAAAAAUGGGAAACAGCCAGAGAAAAAAGAAACAACUCCACAUCCUGCACAGUAUGUACCACCUUCAACUCAAACCCAGAAACAAGCACCACAUUCUCAACAACUAGCUCAGUCUCCACCACAGACCAAAUCUCUAAGUGAGCAGUUUGAUUAUGAUUCAUCUUCUGAUGAGGAGUUAGAUGAUGGAAUUGUGAACAAGAUACUGCAAGCAUAUGGUGGUAAAUUAGGUGACCAAGGAGAUGGUGUAUUAUCAGAGAGUAGACAGAAUCUACAGGAAGCAUGUCAGUCUGGAGCUAAUGACUGCUCUGUAUGUCUCGGCAAGAUCAGACGUGUGGAUCCAAUUUGGACAUGCGAUUCCUGUUUUACAAGUCUUCAUCUGCAGUGCAUUCAGAAGUGGGCCAAAGAAGGUAUCUUACAGGCAAGUCUGCAGAAAGAAGAUGAUGAUACAUCACCAGCUCAAAAUGUCUGGUCAUGUCCCAACUGUCGAACAGAGUACCCUAUCAGCCAGUGUCCCAGACAAUACACCUGUUUCUGCAAGAAGGUGGUUGACCCUCCACCGCACCCCUGGCUUGCACCCCAUAGCUGUGGUGAUACUUGUAACAGAUCUCUACGCCCUGAGUGUGGUCAUAAGUGCCUACUACUCUGCCAUCCUGGUGCUUGUCCACCAUGUCCUCAAACAGUGAGGUCUAAAUGUCACUGUGGCAGUCAGGCUCCUCAGCUGAGACGAUGUAGCUCCAGAACCUGGUCCUGUGGCAAGACCUGUUCCAAGGUGCUUCUCUGUGGUCAGCAUACCUGUACCCACCCAUGCCAUCCAGGUGAUUGCCCACCUUGUCCACACACCAGUCGACAGCCUUGCCUAUGUAAGAAGAAGGUCAUGCUAAGAGAAUGUGCAUCGCCUACUUGGGAAUGUGGUGAGGUAUGUGGUAAACCUCUACCCUGCGGUCAUCAUGUAUGUGAGAGAACGUGCCAUGCAGGAGGGUGCGGGGAAUGCCCCCGUAUGGGGCUCAGGAAAUGCCCCUGUGGAAAAACAGCAUUACAACUCAAAUGUACAGAAGACAUUCCUCCAUGUGGAGAUACGUGUGAUAAGCCACUACCGUGUGGGAUCCAUCGAUGUACAAGACGAUGCCAUUCUGGCUCUUGUGAAAGUUGUCUUCAGAUGUCAAGAAAGAAAUGUCGGUGUGGAGCAAGAGAGAAGAUGUUACCUUGUCAAGAGGAGUAUAAAUGUGAUCAUAGAUGUACCAAUAUGAAGAAUUGCAAGAAACAUCAAUGUAAACGAAGGUGUUGUAACGAUGAUUGCCCUCUAUGUGAGCAACAAUGCAACAAGUAUCUGCCAUGUGGAAACCAUAAGUGCCCUUCUUUAUGCCAUCCAGGUCGAUGUUUUCCUUGUCCUUUGAUGAAAGAACUCAAGUGUCGUUGUGGACAUACUAAGAUAUCUGUAAGAUGUGGUAGGGAGAAGACUAUCAAACCACCAAAAUGCAAAAAACCCUGCUUGAUACCUCCUGAUUGUCACCAUCCUGUAAGAGAGAAGCAUAGCUGUCAUUUCAACAAGUGUCCUCCUUGUAAGAUGCAAUGUAAUAAAAUACUUUCCUGUGGUCAUAUAUGCCCUAAGAAAUGUCAUGAUGCUGUGAUGCACAAAAAUGUAGAAAACAAGGGACCAAGAGCUCCAUGGCAGCCAGCUCCUAAACUAGUUACCAGUAUUGUGAAUGAACCCUGCCCACCAUGUCAAUAUCCCAUUCCUACAGAGUGCCUUGGUAAACACGAGGUUACUGACUUGCCGUGCAAUAGAGCUGCUCCUUUCUCCUGUCGACGACCUUGUGGGCGUGUCUUAGCUUGCACCAACCAUCGUUGCCAAUUUGAAUGUCAUGAUGUCCAAGGUGCUGACAAUAAAACUAAGGCAGGGACAAACUGUCAGGAGUGUGAGGAAGGGUGUAGUAAAGAGAGACCUGAGGGGUGUAAACACCACUGUAGACUACCAUGUCAUCCUGGUCCUUGCCCCCCUUGUAAGAAGACUAAUAAGAUGAGAUGUCAUUGUAAGGCUAUGGCUCUAUAUGUAGAAUGCAAUGCUUGGUUAAUAGCCAACAAGUCUGAGAGAGAGGAUCUAGCUUCAUGUAAAGGACCAUGUCCACGCCCUCUUUCCUGUAGUCAUCCAUGCUCUAAGACAUGUCAUUCAGGGACCUGUUCUGAUCCUAAGGCAUGCACCUACAAGGUACCAAGGAGGUGUCCUUGUAAGCGAAGAAAAAGGGAAUUCUUUUGUCAUGAGGCUCAAGGUGGAAAGGCUAAAGUAGAAUGUGAUGAUGUAUGUAAACAACAAAAAGAUAAGAAGCUUCAACAAGAUGAGGAGAAAACAAGGAAAGCAGAAGAAGAAAGACUUGAAAAGGAAAAGAGGGAUUUGGAAGAAUAUGAUCGUCUUACGAACAAGAAGAAGAAACAACGCAAAAGAAGAGAGUAUGUAGAAGAGGAAACAUUGAUGGAGAAACAUGGCAAACUCAUUUUAAUUGGAAGCAGUGUGAUUGUUGUGAUAGCAUUCAUGGUCUAUCUAUUGAUCCUUCAAUGAUUCUUUUCUAUCAGAAUGAAAAUAUGAAUAUAUCUAUAUUUUAUCAUGGAAAACAGGGAUGAAAAAUAUAUACACAAAGUAUACAGUUUAUGAAAAACUCUUAUAAGUAUGAAUUUAUUUAUGUAGACUCCUUUCCAAAGGGUUUUCCGUAAAGUAUUUUCCUGUAGUCUGCUGUAGUGCAGUUACCAAUCACUUCACACAUUAAUGAAUAAUUAUGAAUAACAUGUCUUAGAAAAAAAUGAAAGAAGAUAGAAAAAUAGGAAACAUGCACCAUCUAUAUAUGCUCAUAAUGUUUCUCAAGAUUACACUACUCAAAAAUAUUAAAUGGAUUCAGAAUAUAAGUGCCAUCCAUCUUAAUCCGUAGCUUUCCCCAGAUUACAGUCUUCUUGGCCUUAGUCGACUUUGCAAAAGGAUUGAAAUUACUGCUUAUUGAGCUUAUUGAGCAAUGUGGUACCAUUAUAUCAUAAAAUCUUGAGUGCACAUGCCUCACAUUGUUAUGCAAUGCUGUACAAAUGUGUAGUAGAUGAAAAUUAUUUCAUAUUAUAGGGAGUUGUAAGAAACUCACAUUCAAUUCCAACACAAGUGGAAGUUUAAAAAUCAAGAUUUAAUCCUUUGAUCAAAUGCAAAUAUGUUGUUGAUUUGUGUUCAUUUGCAACUUUCUUGCAAUGUCCAUUACUCUUUGGUACUUAUGCUUGGUUGACAAUUAAAUGUAAGCUUCUUUCGACUCCCCAUAUAUUUCUUAGCUUGUUCAUAGUUUCUUUUCUGAAGGCAUUCCACAAAGCCUUUUUUUAAUUGUUCUUGUUGGUCAAUUUCAAAUUUGAGUCUGAUUUAGUCUUAGUUAUUGAAGUUUAAUUUGCAGCAUGAAUUUCGCAAAAACUUGAAAUAAUGUUGAAAUAUAUUAUUGUUUGAUAUCCCUUGCUCUUUCACUGUGUUUAAUAGUAUGUUUGGUUAGUAUGGAUUUAUGGUGUAAGCAGGUUCUUCCGUAUUUAUUUAGAAUAACAUUCCUUUGGUAGUCUUGACUACAGUGUUAAUAUUUUUUUUUCAAAUAGAUAAAUUUUAGCUUUUACACUUUACAAUGAUAUAUUUUUUCUUAUUACAUAUGUAUGUUUUGCAGAGGAUUUAGAAAUAGGGAUGGAUAUGUGCAAUUUAAAAGAAUCAUAUCGUUGUAUUGAAGGUGGUCCAAUAUUUAGGUGCAAAUGUUUGCAUUUGUCCAUUCCUCAUGAAAUGAAUUAUUCCAGUGGUGACAUUAAAAUGUAAGAUGACAUAUCUUUGAUAAUGAUAGAAUGGUUGGCAAGAAUAAUAGCUAGUGGCUCUGUCUAUAAAGUAGUCAGACCUACUAGCUAGUAUUCCAGUUCUUUUGAAUUUGGCUCACUUGCAACUCGCAAUAAAUUUGCGAGUUUGAGGCUAAAAGCUGGGGACAUAAAUCCCAGUAUUAUUUGUGUUUCUCAUUUGCAAUCCAAGAAAUUCCUAUGUAUUUUCAUUUAAGACCAUAAACUAUAUUUUCAUUAUUAAACUAUUGUUACCGCAUAAUCAUUGAACACUCUAGUAGAUAAAAUUUAAAUUUUAAAAACACCAAAACAUCCAAAUCGAUAUUUUGUCAUUUGAACAUUUUACACUAUUUCAGUUACCAAAGCUAAGAGACUCUUUAAUAAUCAUUCUUCUUUUUUCAUUUUUGAAUUCUGAAACGAAAAACAAUUUGUAAUUCGUAUUCUUUGAGACCAUUUUCAAGUAGUAAAGAGAAAUGUCAUUCAAUAUUGUCAUUGAUAUGAUGCCAUAUUAGUUAUGAUGGUUAAGGUUUAUAUGAUUCUCAGUACAGUAUAAUACUGUUAAAUUGAAAUUAGGUAAAUGUAUUUGUCUAUUAUGGAUUCUCCUUUUAUAUCUAGUAGGAAAGUAAAUGUUUUUUUAAUUGGCCAAGGAAAAAUGUAAUAACAUUUUUUAAUACAAAUCUGCAACUAUUCAUGAUUCACAAAAUAUUAGUGAAAUAGAUAAAUGAAAUUAAAUAGGAUUUUGGGGAAGUGAAUGACAAGUGUAUAAGUUUUGUCAUAUAAUAUAUUUUUGAAAUUUCUUUUUUCUUUUUUUGUUUCUUCAACCAUGAUUGGCCAAGUUUUACCACUGCUUUAGGAUUCGUGUUACUUGUUUGUUUCAACUCAUUUAAAUCAAGUUUGUGAUUUUCUUGAAGCAUUGUUGUUUUACAAGGGUAUUUAUUCUCAUAUUGUUGAUAUGCAAUGUAAUGCUUAUGGUUUCACCAGAAUAAAUGAUGCCUUAUCCACAACUAG